GGUGUAUACCAGUCUUACCAUAUGAUCCUAACGCCGACACGGCACAUCUUAGAGGGUCCUCUUCCAGAUCAAUCCAAUAGUGUCUUGCGCAAAUACAAUAAUCACGAAUGCUUCCUACGCGUUACUUUUCAGGACGAGAAUCGAUCAAAGCUUCGUCGGGACUUCGAAUCUUCCAUUAACGACCUUCUGAAGGAGCGGUAUCGUCCAAUUCUGCUCAGAGGCUAUCGCGUUGCUGGACGCCAAUUCCAGUUCUUGGGAUAUUCGAUGAGCGGCCUGCGAGAUCAUUCAGUGUGGUUUAUGACACCCUUCACAGAUGACAGCGGGACACUGCUGGAUGCAGAAUCAAUCCGGGGCAACCUGGGCGAUUUCUCUCAACUUGUGCACCAACCCGCUCGCUUGGCUGCAAGAUGGUCUCAAGCCUUUUCUGGCACCGAUCUGUCGAUAACACUUACUCCCGAAGAAAUCGAUUAUGACUAUCCCGAC